CGCGUCAGCAAGGAGCGCACCCUGAAUGACGUCAGCUGUGCUGCGUGCUUAAGUGAACGAGCAGCUGUGUGUACACGCGUACAGAGCAGACGGGCCUACAGCCGCAGAGCGAUGGGAGGAUUAUAAGGAGCAUCUUAUACAGUGCAUGGUAGCAGGUAAUCUCAGAAAAUGGAGGGAGGACAUUUGUGAGUAUAAACCUCUGUGUUUACAACCAAGUUGUUCUCAGAAUGUAAAGAAUACAGUUCAUCAGUCGCAACACUUGGUCCAACCUCUGUGUCAUUGCAGCGGCUACCCUCAGGACUAUUUCGACCGCUUCAUCCAAAGCCAAGACUCGUCUGUGGUGAACAAGUUCCAGCAGAGGUACUGGAAGACCAAGCAGACGCUCAUUAAGGUCACCGGGAAGAAAGAGGACGAACACGUGGUGGCGUCAGAUGCGGAUCUGGAUGGCAAGCUGGAGGUCUUCCACUCCAUCCAGAGAACAUGCAUGGAGCUGCUAAAGGUCAUCGAGCAGUACCAGAGGAGGAUCUGCUAUCUCUCCCAGGAGGAGAAUGAACUGGGUCGUUUCCUGCGCUCCCAGGGCUCGCAGGAUAAAACCAGGGCUGGAAAGAUCAUGCAGGCCACAGGGAAAGCACUCUGCUUCUCCUCCCAACAAAGAUUGGCUCUGAGGAAACCUCUGUGCCGUUUGUACCAGGAGGUCGAAACAUUUCGCUACCGGGCGAUCUCAGACACGUGGCUGACGGUGAACCGGAUGGAGCAGUCCAGGACCGAGUACCGCGGGGCGCUGCUCUGGAUGAAGGACGCGUCGCAGGAGCUGGAUCCAGACACUCACAAACAGAUGGAGAAAUUUCGCAAGGUUCAGGCCCAGGUGCGCACGACCAAAACAAGCUUUGACAAGCUGAAGAAUGACGUCUGCCAGAAGGUGGACCUGCUGGGAGCCAGUCGCUGCAACCUCCUCUCUCACGUUUUAACCACAUAUCAGACGACACUUUUGCACUUCUGGGAGAAGACAUCCCACACUAUGGCGGCCAUUCAUGAGAGCUUCAAGGGCUGUCAGCAUUAUGAGUUCUCCGCUCUUAAGACCUUACAAGGCCCCAUGGACAAGCUGGCGAAGAAGAAAGGGAAGAAGAAAAUUAAAGCAGAGGCCGACGAUGGAAAGAAAGCCGAGAGCACAGACGACCAACUCAUCUCACUAGUAAAUGAAAACACCAGCGAUACGACCAGAGAAGGUAAUGAGGAUCAUCUCUCUGCCUAUCCAGAGCUAGAGGGGGAGGAGAGGGACAGCAUGGCCUUACUGAACGAGAUCCUGGGCAGCAUGUCUGUGGACGAGGGCGACUUCUCCAGAGAGUGGACGGAAGUGUUCGGAGACGCCGAGGAGGGAACGAGCGCCGCGUCGGGUAGACCGGCGGAGGCCCACCAAAUGGAAAGCUCCUUCUUUCUACCGUCUCAUCUGUUUGAGCAGAGCUUCAAUAAUCAACAGUCUUCCCUCUCAGAUUGGGCCGGCAUCGCUCCGCAGCCCGGCGCCCGGCCGAAGGACCACUCAUCUGGAGCCAAUCAGAACCCCUCUAAGCCAGCAGUGAAAGAGAAAGCGGGGAUGUCCAAAGACCUCUCAGCGUGGUUCAACCUGUUUGCCGAUUUGGACCCCCUCUCCAAUCCCGACGCGGUCGGCAAAACCGGCAGAGAGCACGAACUCCACAACGCAUAGUUCUUCCUCAGUGUCGUGGUGAUCCGAUGGGGGUAUCUUUACCUUUGUUGGAGGGUGCAGCAGAAUAAAGCUUCCCCCGCGCGACCAGAGGAAAAAUACCAUGAGCCGAACACAGUCUUCUCUUUCGACUUCAAUUAAUCAAUUAGUAGAUCAGAACAUAAACAAAGCAAAUGUUAUUCGAGUAGAAAUGCCAAAUAUAUUUGAGAGUUUGACGAUUUGAUUUACCAUUUGGUCGUAAACUUAACAUCUUUGGGUGGAAAAUUAUAUAAUAAAUCAGAAAGUUAAUCCGAUUAAUAAUUAAUUCUUCUUCUUGUUACAACAAUAUAUAUCCUUUAAUAUAAUGACAUCCUGUACUAUAAUAUCUUAUACAAAGAUAAACCGAGUGUCGUAAUAACAGUAAAAUCGUAGUAACAAUAAAAUUACAUAUAUUAAAGUAUGAUAUUAUAAUGAGACAUAUUGUUAUAACAAGAGAAAUGUUGCUGUUAUUACAUGAAACUGAUGGACCUUCUCUCUUGCUGGCAGUAUUACUCUGCUGAAAAGGUUCCCACUGACAACCUUUCCACUGAGAAAGAAGAGAAACGUUUAGAAGAGGAGCGUAUGAAGCCCGUCAGCUCGUUCACUCGGGUUAAACAUGCAAUGCUUAGCGUGGAUACCUCAGUACCAGUCUGGAAGAAGAAGCCUUUGACAUUAGCUGCCUUGAAAAUCUGUAGUCUCGAGUAGCAUUCAUGCUUCAUUCCUGAUCCUCAUUACUGAUGAUUGCUCACAGGCAAAACAACUCAACAGCGGAAAGAACGCAAACAUGACAAAGAUCACGGUGCGAUAGUUCAUAUUUACUAAAUACCGAAACAUGUGGGGUAAAGUUGCUGCAGCCUCGGAGAAAUAUUCAAAAAUAAACGCAAGAUAUAUUUCUGCCAUCGAUCUGUUACAGACUUCGAGCACUGAUCAGAAUUAUAGGAAACUGUCGCACCACAUUUGACUUAAGAUUUAUGCUUUUAAACGUUUGCUAAUUAGUGUAUUAGUGCAUGUUGCAUGCUUUGUUUUAUGUUACCCAGUAAAAGUGUGAUUGAAUGAACAAUGCAUUUAUAUCAAUGUGAGAUUUUUAAUCAGUGUAUUAUAUUUUUUAGUAUUUAUUUAGCUCCGUUGUUGGCUUUCAUGUGAAAUAUAUGCAGUUUUCAGAAUGAAAAUAACUGGAAAGUUGUCAUGUUAAUACAAUCAUGUUAAACUGAUUUUGACUACAAUGCUGCAUAAAUUGGAGGAAAAAAAAAAAUAUAUAUAUAUAUAUAUAUAUAUAUAUAUACACACCUCUCUCUCUCUCAGAGUAAACUCCUUAAUCUAAUCACAAAACAUUAUAGAACCUCAUAAUUAAUUGAUUAAUUAUUAAGUAUAUUUAUUGUGAAUUUAUGUUGUUGGAAUUUAGCCAUGUGUUAUUUUUGAUGUUGAAGCCAUGUGACAUUUGUUAAUAUUUAAAUCAUAAGCAGAUCCAUGGAUUGCCUUACCUUGACUCCUAUGUGUAUAUAAAUGCUUCUGAAUACUG